UUUUCGCCUGUUGUUGAAACUUCUCUGUUUCCUGCUGGGAUUUUGGAGAGGUUUUUGAAAGCACCAAAAAGAAUGGAAUUUGAGAAGAGGAAAGCUGCGACCAUGGCGUCACUGGGCUCAACUGAGACCGACAAAUCACCUAAGGGAAGCUUGGAUACCCCAAUUAUACCUCUUAUCAACACUCUCAACAACCAUCCGUCUUACUUCACCACAAGUUCCUGCUCUGGUCGUAUUUCAAUUCUCUCUCAACCAGUCUGUAGCACCUCUGCCGCCGCCUCGAAGCCGAGGAAGAAAGCUCUAGGUGGUUCUUGGCUGUUUGUUAGUCACGAGUUUGCCGAUCCCAACUCAGUAAUCGACCUCCUCUUCCGUUCUCCGUCAACUAAUGGGGAGUUAUCUGAGCUCGUGUUCAGGUUCGAACCUCUGAUCAUAGCAAUUGAAUGCAAGGACCUUGGAUCGGCUCAGGAUUUGGUUUCCACUGCUAUAUCUAGUGGGUUCAGAGAAUCAGGCAUUACCAGUGCUAGCAAGCGUGUGAUAAUUGCAAUUCGCUGUUCAAUUCGAAUGGAGGUGCCUUUGGGAACUACCGAAAAGAUUAUGGUCUCACCCGAGUACGUCCGGUACCUUGUUGAUGUAGCAAAUGAGAAGAUGGUGGCCAAUAAGAAGAGAACUGAUGGUUUUCUGAAGGCAUUGCAAAGUCGUGUUUCUGCGGUUACUUAUGUUUCGCAAACGUGUCAAGGAAUAUCAUUGAGGGAGGCAAUGGAGGAGGCAAAUGAUUUGCUCGAUAGCAAGGAACAUAGUUGUGCUGAUGAGGAAGAUUGUGGAGCUUUAGAAGGCGGGAAUAGGAAUGCCAAUUCUGGAUCAUCAGAAGCAUGCAAUUAUAGUUUAUCUGUUGAACAGAUGGGCAUUUCAGGAGAGCCUAUGGCAAAGCUUUUUAUUUGGGGGCACUCAGCCACUACUGUUCACAAAAAAGUUAUUUCAUUUGGUGGAUUUGGAGGCAUGGGCAGACAUGCAAGAAGAAAUGAUUUGUUACAACUUGAUAUGUUGUCAUGCACAUUGCAGACGAUCAAUGUAGAGGAUAGUCCAUCUCCUCGUUUGGGUCACACAUCAUCUUUGGUUGGAGAUUGCCUUUAUGUCAUUGGUGGCAGGACAGAUCCUACGUACAUUCUGAAUGAUGUAUGGGUCUUUGAUAUCACUCAGGAAAAAUGGACGUUAUUAAAAUGCACUGGUAGCUCUUUCUCUCCUAGGCACCGUCAUGCUGCAGCAGCAGUAGGCUCAAAGAUUUAUGUAUUUGGUGGACUUGAGAAUGACAGAAUCUCAUCUUCCUUGAUUGUCCUCAACACAAAUAGUCAUCAGUGGAAAGAAAUUCAGGCUGGUGGUGAUCAGCCAUGCGGUCGUCAUUCACACUCAAUGGUUUCUUAUGGGUCGCAUUUAUAUAUGUUUGGGGGGUAUGAUGGGGAAAAAGCUUUUGGAGACUUAUAUUCUUUUAAUACAGAAAAUUGUUUUUGGAAGAAGGAAAAUAUAGCGGGGAGAACUCCGAAUGCAAGGUUUUCCCAUGCUAUGUUUGUGUAUGAAAAUUAUAUUGGAAUUAUUGGAGGUUGUCCUGUGAGUCAAAGCUAUCAAGAGUUAGCAUUACUUGAUUUGCAGCAUCGUUUCUGGAGACACGUGUCCCUAAAUUGUACUGGCAAGGAAUUAUUUGUACGUUGCACAGCCAAUGUGGUUGGUGAUGAUCUUGUCCUAGUUGGUGGUGGAGCAUCCUGUUAUGCAUUUGGGACGAACUUUAGUGAGCCAGUGAAAAUUAGGUUGCGUCCAUUGAUAUCCUCAGAGGUUAUUUUAGGGCAUCCUCGAAACACAGAAAACCUUGUGACUCGUCCCAUUGAAGAGUUGGAGAAGGAGAGCAGAGAUCCUGAAUGUCUGCUCAAUGGCAAUGCUCAAACUUUCAAUGAAGCGUCUGGUUUUAAUAUUGAUAGUGGAAAAUCCAAUUCCCAUGAAAAAGAAGGUGCUUUGUAUUGGGUUUUAAAAAUUGAAAGAAAUUAUGCAAAACUUGGGAAAGACAUUUUAAAGAGGUAUGGGUGGCUGGAUCUGGCUAGAAAGGUUUCUUCUCGUGGUAGUAGAACACAUAUUUGCUUUCCAGUGAUUGGAAAAUUUUGUGAUAUAUUUGAUGAAAAGAAGUCCUGGUGGGCUGAUCAACUUGAACCGGAAAAUGACUUUCAUGUCUCUGAACUUGAAAGUUGGGAAGGAGGCCUGACAAAUAAAUGCUCUUACCUAAAAGCUUUGAAUAUUUUAAGGAAAUGUGGUGCAACUAAACUGGUGGAUGAAGUUGUUGACAUAAAAACUGCAGCCAAAUCUCCAUAUAAAAAGAUGAGCGAAGCAGUAUCCUCUUUGCUAAAGCAUAAUGGCUUAUCUGAAGAACUGUUGGAGGAGCUGCCAACAAGGUGGGAGCGACUUGGGGAUAUUGUGGUGCUUCCAGUCACAUCUUUUAAGGAUCCUACAUGGGACACUAUUGGGGUGGAGCUGUGGCCUAUGGUUGCCAAAUCACUUGGUAUUUCUCGUCUUGCUCGCCAAGGACGAGUUGCUUCGACUGGUACAAGGGAUAGUAACUUAGAGAUACUAGUGGGAGAUAAUGGUUGGGUUGACCAUCGAGAAAAUGGAAUAACUUAUUCUUUCGAUGCCACUAAGUGCAUGUUUUCCUGGGGAAAUCUUUCUGAGAAGCUACGGAUGGCCCAUCUGGACUGUAAAGAUGAGACCGUUGUGGAUUUAUUUGCCGGAAUUGGAUAUUUUGUAUUGCCAUUUCUUGUCGGGGCUAAGGCAAAGCUGGUCUAUGCUUGUGAGUGGAAUCCUCACGCUCUUGAGGCACUUACACGUAAUUUACAAGCUAAUUGCGUGAGCAAUCGUUGUAUUGUUCUUGAAGGAGAUAACCGGGAGACAGCACCCAAGGGAGUAGCGGAUCGGGUUUGUCUUGGUCUCCUUCCAACAAGUGAGGGUAGCUGGGUGACGGCUGUAAGAGCAUUGAGACUUGAAGGCGGCACCCUACAUGUGCAUGGUAAUGUAAAGGACUCAGAAGAAGAACUGUGGACUCAACACCUCCUGCACUCAAUAACUGAAAUUGCUAAAUCUGAAGGUCAUUGUUGGGAUGUCUCGGUAGAACACAUCGAAAGAGUAAAAUGGUAUGCCCCACACAUUCGCCAUCUUGUUGUGGAUGUUCGAUGCAAAAGGAUUCAACAGAACAGCUGAGGAAUCUACUUCCUGCAUGAAUCUAGAUGAGUUAUGGUGGUCGUAAUGGUAUGGUCAAAACCCCGACGCUGCAUAGGUCGUGAUCGCCUUGAUAUGAUUUUGGAAGGGUUAAGACCGAAAGCAACGAGAGUUCAUGCGAGCUGACAACUGUUCUCUUCCGCUCAAUGUUGGAGUUUUGGAAUCGGUACCAUUUUAAUAACAAGGUCUUAUUAAAAAUAGGAUAGAUUGUAGAAUUAUUCAUAAACCGAUGCCUUCUAUUGAACAUACUUUUCAAUAGAAAUAGGAUUAUUGUUUUAUGUUUUCUAUUGAACAUACUCUUCAGAAUGCAUCAAAUAGUUGAUCGGAUA